UUUUAACAUCUUUCCUCAAACAACACGUAGUACGCAGUGAUUUCUCAAUCCUGUUUUGAAAACGUUCUAUUAUCAUGAGUGAAAGUCCUGAGCCAAUUAAAAACCCACAGAUCAAGUUCACUCAGCUCUUUAUCAAUAAUGAGUAUGUUGACAGUUUGAGUGGAAAAACUUUUCCGACCAUCAACCCCAGUUCUGGUGAAAAAAUCUGUGAUGUCUCAGAAGGAGAUAAGGAAGAUGUAGACAAGGCAGUAGAGGCAGCAAAGAAAGCCUUCAAACCAGGAAGCAAAUGGAGAACAAUGGAUGCAUCCAAUAGGGGAAGACUUCUCUACAAAAUGGCAGAUCUUUUGGAAAGGGAUAUUGCCUAUCUGGCUUCCCUCGAGACUUUCGAUAGUGGCAAGCUGUUUGAUGACUCUGUCGGUGACAUGCAGGAGUGUAUUUCAUGUCUCCGUUACUAUGCUGGAUGGGCUGACAAAGUACAUGGCAAGACUAUACCAGCUGAUGGACCAUACUUUGUGUAUACUCGUCAUGAGCCAGUAGGAGUUGUUGGGGCCAUUACACCUUGGAACUUCCCUCUUGCCAUGGCUUGCUGUAAACUUGCUCCAGCUUUAGCUUGUGGUAAUGUUGUCAUCCUCAAACCUGCUGAACAGACACCACUGACUGCUCUUUAUGCUGCUUCCUUAUUUAAAGAGGCUGGGUUUCCACCUGGUGUUGUUAAUGUAAUUCCAGGUUAUGGUCCUACUGCAGGUGCUGGCAUUACACAUCACAUGGGCAUUGAUAAAGUCUCAUUUACUGGCUCUACUGAGGUUGGCCGUUUAAUCCAGUCAGCCUCAGCCAACUCCAACCUAAAGCGUGUAACGCUUGAACUUGGCGGCAAAAGCCCAAACAUCGUUUUAGCCGACUGUGAUCUUGACAUUGCUGUUGAAGUUGCUCAUCAAGCACUGUUCUUCAAUCAAGGACAAGUUUGCUGUGCUGCCAGUCGCACCUUUGUUCAAGACUCUAUUUAUGAUGAGUUUGUCAAG